AUGGAUUCCAUAUCUUUAAAAGCAGAAAAGCAGCAAGCAGAAGAAAACUAUGCCAGCGCCUCCAGUAAAACAGUAAAAAAUAUAAAAAUUGGGCAGAAAAUAGCUAUUUGCAUCAGAAAGGGAAUAGAGUGGGCUAUGGGGAUUGGAUCCUGCCUGCUUGUUAUAAAAAGCCUGCAUAGGGAUAUCACUGUGCACGGUGCAGUUUCAAUCAUUCCAAAAACAAUUGUUUUUACAACAGUGUGCAUUUCAAUGUAUAGUUGGAGACGGGCAAUUCUGCACUCACUUCUGUCUAGAAAGGAAGAGCAUCUGUUCUACCAUAAAACAGCAAUUGCUAUCAUUAUAGGGCUUUUUGGGGCAGUUUCUGGAAACCCGUGGUUUCUAUUUUUUUUAACAAGCCGAUCUCUUAAUAUUCAUAUGUUUGUGCUGAGUCUUUUUAUACAUAGCGCUAUAUGGGGGUCUACUUUUUUUAUACACAGUUCUGCAAUAAAGCAGGUUAUUUUUCUGUAUCCUACUAUAGCCGCAGGCAUUGUAAAUAUAGAGGAGAUUCUCUCUGAUAAGGGCAUGCAUUGCACAUACCAGCAAAGCAAAAAGUAUCUUCUUGGCCUGUCUAUGAUAUUUGUUUCCUUCUGUCUUCUGGGGUUUAUUUUUUCUCCUCACGCAGAGGUAAUGCGAAUACUCACACCGGAAACGCCUCUGGUGUACAGAUAGGAAGAAAUCAUUAUGUAAAGAACAUCUUCAGAAAACAACCCGAAAUAUUUAACCGCAUAAAAUGAAGAAUAAACAGCA